AUGUCAAAUCUUGUUGAAUUACAAUUUUUUCAUGCUCCACAACCACAUAUAAUUAACACUCAAAUUCAAAAACAACAACAACAACAACAACCUGCUAGCAAAUUUGUCAAUCGAUAUCUUUCUACAGCUGCACAAUAUCUUAAUAGAACAAAGAGCUUUCAUCUACCGACAACCAAUAAUAAUCAAGAAUAUAUAGCUGAUAAAAAUAUACUUACAAAUAAUCUAGCAAAAUCUACACCAGCUAAUAUGGAUCAAAUAAAUACUUCAAUAAAUAUAAAUGUACAUUCAAAUGAUUUAUUAAUGCCUAUAAAUGAAACAAAUUCAUCUAGUUUACCUUUAAAUUAUAAUAAUAAUUCGAUUGAUGGCAAUAAAUCACAAGGUUUUGUCAAUACAUUACGUCGAUCAUUACGAAAAAAUAAAGAACGUUUUUAUAAUAAACGAUCGACAACGAUGAAAUCAUGUCAUUCAUUGAAUGCUUAUGAACAAGCAAUGAAUAAUCAUCAAAAUAUUCAUGCAAAAAUAUCAAUGACACCAACUUUACUUUGUCGACAUCAACGUUUAAUAAAUGAUAUUGAAAAAUGUUCAUUAAGAAAUAUUAUAAUGGAUAACAAUCAUGAUAAUCAAAUACAAUCGAGAAAAGUAACAGUUAUGUCUACAGCUUUAUCAUGCAUGUAUUACGAUAAAACAAAAUCUCCACUACAACCUUUAACAAUCAAUGGACGUGAACAACGAAAUCGUCUAUUAGCUAAUGGACCUCUUGCUCAACAGCAAUUAACAUCUAUUAUACCACCGACAACAUCUCUUCAAUCUCUUUCACCUCUAAAUACAACAAUAAAUUCACUAGGAAAUAUAACAGCAAAUAUGGAACAACAAUCACUUAGUUCAGAUUAUGAUGAAAAAGAAAAAUUAAAAAAUGAUUUACAACAAUUAAAAAAUGAAUUACAAAAAUCAAAAGAAACUAUAACACGAUUACAAAAAAGUGAAGAACAAAUGCGUGAACGAUUAGCUGAACAAGCUCAACGUCAAUUAGAAAAAGGUGGUAAAUUUGAAGAUUUAAAUCAAAUAUCUCGUCCAACUGAAUUAAUUCGUUCAUAUAAUUCUCUUUAUUCUCAAGCACGAAUCGAUGCACUUGAUGCAUUAGAUAAUGUUCGUGAAAUGUCUGAUGCUGAAGAUCUUAAAUCAAAAUUACUUUUUUCUGUUGUUGUUCUUGCUUUUCGUCAUGCACAAAAUCAAGCAAAAGAUAUACGAAAUAAAAUUAAACAAAUUCUUCAAUUAAGUAAUGAUAAAAAUUCAAUAACAAUAGAAGAAACAAUUGAAAAAUAUCUAAGAAGUACAAUACAAAAAUAUGAUGUUGGAAAAAUUGCAUAUGAAGUUGAAAAUCAAUUAUGGGCUACAUUAUAUGAUUAUCCAGUAUUGAAAACUUGUAAUGAAUUACUUAAAUAUAUUAAUUCAGCAUGUCGAACAGCAUGGGGCCUUGUCAAUCAAAAUCCACCUUUUUAUAUUGAAUUUCAAACAAUAAAAUAUGAUAAACAAAUUCAUGAACGUUUUCAUACAUCUGAUAAUGAAAGUGACACAAUUAUUGAAUAUAUAUGGCCAUGUUUAAUUGAUGGACGUGAUCGAAUAUGUGUUGCAAAAGGUGUUGUUAUAACUGAUGAACGUUAUUUAUCAAUAUCAAAAAAUAUUUCAUCUUAG